AUGGAGUACAUUUUCGAGUACUACAACUACUCCGAGGCCAGGAAGAUAGCCUUAGCCGCGGCCCAACUGACUGAUAAUGCUCUCUCCUGGUGCGAUAGAGAAGUGUCUGAGACCGGUCGAGUCUAUCGAGUUGAGACUUGGGAAGAGAUACGAUCCAAGCUUCGCACAAAGUAUGUCCCAGCCUAUUAUCAACGGGACUUACAAAAACGUUUUCGUAAAUUGUCUCAGGGAACCAUGACAGUAGAGGAGUACUACGAGGAGUUUGGAUCUCUCAGGAACAAACUCAAGACGCGUGAGACUCAGGAGACGUUGAUGGCACAAUUCAUGGACGGUCUGCAUGAUCGCAUCGCCCAAAAGGUGGAGCGCCAGCAGCACGAGACCUUCCACGACCUGCUCCACUUUGCCAUUCAAGCUGAGCAGCACAUUAAGAGGAAGAAUGCGUCUACGGCCAAGGGCAAGAGUACUUGGACACAACCGGCUUCCAGAGGUGCUGACAAGGGCAAAUCCAUUGAAGUGGAGAAUCGGUUCAAGAAGAAACAAACCGAGCCAUCCAAGGCCGGACAAUCCGACCAAGGUAAGACCCAAGCUCAAAAUAACCGGACCUGUGUCAUUACUUGUUUUAAAUGCCAGGGAAAGGGGCACUACGCGAGGGAUUGCCCAAAAAAACGUGUGAUGAUCCUCAAGGCUGAUGGUGAAUAUGAAUCCCAAGACGAGGCCGAGGUCGAGACCAUAGUGUCAGAUGAAGAGGUGGUCGAUUAUGCUGAAACCGGAGAACUAUUGGUUACCAGACGUUCUCUCAGUGCCCUCUUCGACCCUGAAACCAUCCAAAGAGAAAACAUCUUUCAUACAAGAUGUAGCGUGGAACAAAAGGUAUGUAGCCUGAUCAUAGAUGGUGGUUCUUGUACUAACGUGGCUAGCAAGUAUCUUGUUGAUAAGCUAGGUCUGAUCAAGACACCCCAUCCGCGGCCAUAUCGACUUAAGUGGCUCACUGAUGAGACUGAGCUCAAGAUAGCCGAACAAGUUGUUGUGUCUUUCAGUAUUGGCAAGUACCAUGACCAGGUCAAGUGUGACGUCGUGCCCAUGCAAGCCGGCCACAUACUCCUAGGGCGACCAUGGCAGUUCGACAAAGAGACCAUUCAUCUUGGCCGAACCAAUGUCUAUAGCUUCAACCACAACAACAAAAAGCACAGCCUAGCACCUCUAAGUCCUCAAGAGGUUUAUGAGAUGCAACAGGCCAUGGACCAUUCCAGCAAGUACAAAGACGUCUUUCCUGAUGAGAUACCAGCCGGUUUACCCCCUAUCUGUGGCAUAGAACAUCAGAUCGACCUUGUGCCAGGCGCGCCCUUACCAAACAGAGCAGCCUACCGAGUUAACCCAGAAGAAGCCAAGGAGUUAGAGAGACAGGUCCAAGACCUCAUGGAUAAGGGUUACAUCUGUGAGAGUCUUACUCCGUGUGCAGUUUUGGUCCUAUUGGUACCUAAGAAGGAUGGGACAUGGCGCAUGUGUGUGGACUGCCGAGCCAUCAACAACAUAACCAUCAAGUAUCGGUACCCAAUACCAAGAUUAGAUGAUAUGUUGGAUGAACUAAAUGGAUCUGUUGUGUUUUCUAAGAUUGAUCUCAGGAGUGAAUAUCACCAAGUUCGUAUGAAGGAGGGUGAUGAAUGGAAGACUGCCUUCAAGACCAAGCAAGGUCUAUACGAGUGGCUAGUCAUGUUGUUUGGUCUCACCAACGCCCCUAGCACUUUCAUGAGACUCAUGAACCAGGUUCUUCGACCUUAUAUCGGUAAAUUUGUGGUUGUGUACUUUGAUGACAUAUUGAUCUAUAGUCGUUGCUUAACUGAUCACCUUAGCCACCUUGAACAAGGACUCAAGGUCGAUGAAGAAAAGAUCAAGGCGAUCCAAUACUGGCCCACACCGACCACGAUCGGACAUGUCCGCAGUUUCCAUGGUCUGGCCAGCUUCUAUCGACGGUUUUUCAAGGACUUCAGCACCAUUGCUGCUCCAAUGACUUCCAUGAUCAAGAAGAAAGUAUCUUUUACUUGGGGACCAGACCAAGAAGAGUAUUUUAACAAGCUUAAAUAUAGUCUGACUCAUGCACUGGUCCUUACUCUACCUAACUUCGAUAAAACUUUUGAGAUUGAAUGUGAUGCAUCAGGUACAGAUCAUGAGACGCUUAAACAUCUAAGAGGUCAGACCACACUCAAGAGGAGACACGCCAGAUGGUUAGAGUUUGUGGAGACUUUCCCUUACAUGAUUAAGUAUAAGAAGGGCAAAGACAAUGUUGUGGCCGAUGCCUUGUCCCGGAGAUAUACUCUUAUCUCGACCAUGAAAGCUAAGAUCAUGGGUUUUGAACUUAUUAAAGAUUCUUAUGCUACUGGCCUUGAUUUUCAAGAAGCUUUCAGGAACACUACACAAGGAGCAUUCGGUACCUACUACCAGCAUGACGGUUUCUUGUUCAAAGAAAAGAAAUUGUGCAUUCCCAAAGGUUAUAUGAGGGAAUUGCUGGUUCGGGAGGCCCAUGGUGGCGGCCUCAUGGGACACUUUGGUCGAGAUAAAACCUUAAGUGUUCUCACCGACCAUUUCUUUUAG